GUUUCCCGCGCAUGCGCAGUGCGUUGUAUCCGGGUCCUGAGCUCUCUCGGUCGGCGGGAAAUGGCGACCGGGAUUUAGCGGCCACGGCCCGUACAUACCGAGGAGGCCGGAUCCGUUGACCACUGAGCGGGACUCAGGGAGGCCCAGUAACACGACCCGGAGCGCUCCGGGAAUUACAGAUUUUAUGUGGCACAUAUAAAAAUGAGGCUCAGGACGCGGAAGGGGUCUCCGCGCAGUAGUCACGGUCCGGCUGGCCGCACCGCACGCAACAAGAGGAGGCACUCUGAAGAGGAGGAGGAAGAAGAAAGUUCCCCAUUAGAGGAUAAAUUACCCAGAUCAGACACGGGUUUACUGUCCACUAUCAAGAAGUUAAUAAAAGGCAGUACCGCAAAGGAGGAUCGAGAGAACCCCCCCAAAAAAAGUAGGAUUGAGCGUGACCUUGAUAAUAACCUAAUCACCUCAACGCCACAUACUGGGGAAAAACCAAGCAAGCCAAUCUCUCGGGUCCGGAGGAAAAGUCAAGUUAAUGGAGAUAAUCCUUUUUACAGCAUCAAAGAAAGUCUAUGCAGACAAAUUACUCAAUAUAUUGGAUCCCAAGAAACGGCUGGUUAGGCACAGACUGUUUCGAGAGCAUUGUGUGUGUGUCCAGGGGAAUUAUAUUAAAGAUCUAAACAUCUUGGGAAGGGAUCUCUCUAAAACAAUCAUAAUUGAUAACUCACCACAAGCCUUUGCAUACCAGCUUUCAAACGGAAUUCCUAUUGAGAGCUGGUUCAUGGAUAAAAAUGAUAAAGAGCUGCUGAAGCUUGUCCCUUUUCUGGAGAAGCUUGUAGAACUGAAUGAGGAUGUGCGACCUCACAUCAGAGACAGAUUUCGCUUGCAUGACUGCUUGCCUCCAGAUUAAAGCUAGUAACAACUGGACACCUGCAGGGACUUGUGGAAAAAGAGAGGGAAACAAUCUGAUGCCUACAAAGGGUGGAGCUGUAGGAUCCAAAGACUGAAACUGACCUGUACACAACCAUUUGCCAUAACUGCUGAAGGCAUUUCCUUUCUUCUCUUUGCUGUCUGAAAAUAAAGAACGGUUUCACCGUGAUGUGUUGUGACUGGUGUGUUGUCACACCACUGAACAGUUUUUCCUAUUCCCAGGAAUAGUCACUUCUCGGAGAGACCCUUUGCUGUCUGUGAGCCACAGGACACAUCCAGCCCUCUGUCUUGUAGCCCGUCCACGUCAGCAGGAACGGCCAGUGAGAGCUUUUAUCAUGUUUCGGGUUUUCCUCCUACACAUUGAUCCUUAUUAGUCUAGUAUUCCAUUAUCCAUUCCUUGUAUUUCAGUCGCUUCAGUUUGUUCCAACGUAGCCAAAUUUUAAAUUUUUUCUUUUUGUAUUAUAUAUUUUGGCUGGUUUUAUUUUUCUGCUUGCAUAUUGUAUAUUUGUUUUGUUUUUUCUAAAAGAUAAAAAGAAAAUCUUAAGGUUCAAUCCAUGUAAACUCCAUUUAGAAAUGCACAUAUAUAUCUUUUUAUAUCCUAUCUGUAAUCUAUUCUAGAAGAUUUUUUUUUUUUUUUAAUUAUUAUAAUAAAUCUUAUGAAAGAAAAAGUGAGCAGGCUAAGAGUGUGGAGAUGUGUACAGAGAUAGAUGUGAUGAGAUCUGCUUGCAAUUCAAUUAAAGUGAGAAAUUACGUGGACUCCUUAGAGGAUGGAGCAAAACUCUUUACUAACUGUACGUACACACACCGCCUACAUUCCCAUCCUUCCACAGCUCUGGUACUAAUGAGGCUACGUUGAAGGUUGGGUAUUUUUGUAUGAUACCGUCUUUUGUCCUUGCAAGGUAUGGCGUUGUAGGAGGGGCUUGUGGAAUUAUUUUAUCCAGUGGGUGUGCUUGUAAAUGUUUGACUGUGCACCUGCUAAGUACAGGCAGAAGAGCUGGCACUUUUUCCCCUUUUUUUUUCCUUUUUCUAAAGAGGUUUGUAUUUUGUAAGCUUGUUCAGAGAGUACAGUAUUGGAAAUUUAAAGAGCUCAACGGAGGACGCUGUUAAUUUUUUUUGUUUCUAUGUAUAUUACUGUUUAACUGUAUGCCAUUUAUUGUAUAAAUUACACACAGAUUCAUUUUCAAGUCACUCCUUAAAAUAAGGAGUUUUUUUUAGUAAGUUUUUAGGAAAACAUUUAAUUUUUGUAUUUUUGAUUUUAAAGAAAAAGCAUGAGUUCUGUCAUAUUUUCAGUGUAUUAAUGAAGAUUUUAACCUUU